UAUACUGACCACUAAUUCAUCUACUUAAGAACGAUUAAAAUUAAAACAGCGUCAUUAAGCAGAAAGCUACAGCACCAUUUUUCUACUAUAUGUACACUAAUUGAGCACAAUGGCAACUGUAUUUGUUUUGUUAGGGGUGAAAAUUGAAACAACAUUACUGCAACACCAACAUAACCAUAGAAUCAAUUUGCUAAUGAUUGUCGCUUCAAUAUUUAAUGCCAGUUGUCGUCCCGCGGACCGGUAGAUUAAUGAAUUGAAACAACUUUCCAAGACAUGCGAGGGCCAUUUGUGAACGAAAACACUGCUGUAGCAGAUGUUUUACUACCAGGAUAAUGUUACCAUCUUCACAGUAAUUCCUAGCAGUGGAUAAAGUGUGCAACAAAAUGUCGGUUGUUCCGGUGCGCAGUUUGCUUGAUUCGCAGCACGUGUUAUUUUACAUUUCGUCCAUCUUUGGCGUAAUUCCGUACUCUUUAUGGGCAUUUGCGAAACGCACCGUACUGCAGCUCUCCAUUUUGGGCAAUGUUUGGGUGAUCUGCAGUUUGAUCGUAUAUACCGCUCUGUACCAUUUGGCAACAACCAACUACAUGAAGGACGAAUGGGGAACACAGAAAACACUUACUAAUGCGAUUGGUAUUUUCAUCAUCUACAUGGAACCGUUGAUGAUGGCAACUGAUAUGGUGGCCGGAAUGAUAAAUCAGAAACAGCUAACGCAAUGCUUUGAUCGUAUCGCACGCAUCGACAGCCAUCUUGCUGCGGAGGGCAUCGUGCUUAAUAACUAUCGCCUGAGACGUACAACGAUCGUAUUGCUGCUGCUGAUGCUGAUCUUUGAAGGGAUUAUCACGGUGUACAGUUUCGUGGAGUUUGAAGUGGUGGUUACAUUCUGGUCAUUGAUCUGGUUCAUAACGACUAUACCGACCGCACUGAACUCGGUGUGUCGAAUCUGGUACGUGAUGCUUGUGUUGGCCAUCCGGCAGCGCUUCAAUGCCAUGAACGCACACAUGAAUGCGAUCGCGCACGGCAUACUGAGCUACAAGGAUCAGUUCGUAGGUGAGCAGGAUCCGGACAUUACCGAAAUUCCGCUAGACUAUCUGGAAAAGGAAAUAUUCACCGUGUACACGCAGCGUCGCAAACAGUUGGCGAUCACUCCACCGAAGAAACCCAUCACGAAGAUUAUCACCGUGAAGCCGUACCAGGGCAAGCAAGCGGUACAAUCCCCGGCAAAAGCAUCGAUCGUUUCGCCGAAACGUAACGCUGCCAUGCAACCCUGGUCGGAUAUGGAAGGGCUUGGGCCGGCCCGCGAGUACUUACCGAGCGAUCUACGGGUGCGCGUCAAAAUUGAUCAACGGUUGGACAACAAGUUGAUACUGAUCUGCCGCACACAUGACGAGCUGUGUGAGGUUGGGAAGAUCAUCAACCGAAUGUACAGUGUGCAGAUGUUGGUUGCGAUGGCACACGGUUUUGUGGCGAUAACGGCCGAGUUUUACUUUCUGUACUGUAGCCUUACAGGGCAGGAAGUGCCGAUACUGUUUCGGCAAGCGGAAAAAAUUUUACUCGCCCUUCCGUACAUCACCUACACGGCACUGAAGUGUAUCGUUCCGAUAUUUGUGUGCUGGAAGACAAAAACCGAUUCGCAGCGAACGGGAAUUGAGAUGCAUUAUCUGGCAAAUGUAGUCGACGAGUGUCACUGUUACGAGGUGGUCAACCAUCUUUCGUUGAAGCUGCUAAACCACCAUUUGAAUUUUAGUGCGUGUGGCUUUUUUGAUCUGGACAUGACAACACUAUAUGCGAUAACGGGUGCGAUUACUAGCUACCUGAUCAUACUGAUACAGUUCAAUCUGGCAGCGAUACAGAAAUCCAACAGUAACUCAACCAUUGCUUCUAAUGUUACCAGCACAACGGCCAUGGCGGUUGUUGAGCUGGUCAGCACUGCUUUGACAACGUACGUCUCGAAUUGAAACGGCAGUUUCUCAUCAUUUCGCUAGUACAUGCAGCUUUAGUGAACUUAGUGUUGUGUUUUGAACUGCUGAACUUAAAACCGUUAAAAUAAGAAAGUAUGAGCAUGAGAGCAUCCUUCAAACAUGAGAGUGAUCAAAUCGGAGGAUAGAAUCUCUCAUAUAGUUCCAUGAAAGCUGAUCAAUUUCAUUACAUCUCAUCGGCUAGAAGUCCGAAGUCGACAAUCCGCCAUUCAGGUAUAUUAUUCCAUUUUUCUUUUUUUCACCUUUAAUCAUUAUUCAAUAUUUGUGAUUUUCUACUUCGGCUCUUCUGCGUAUUAAUGCAUUCUAUAUCUUCCGAGAAAUUGGAAAAAGAUAAAUCAGUAUUUGAAUUUCUAUCGACUUGCCUACAAUUAUCAUAUUUUUUAUACAUUACGCCAAUAGUAGAGCAUGAUGAGAAACAUGAUCAACGAUAACAGGAUGAAGAAUGGUUAGAUUCAGUGAACUACGCGGAACUUGUUUCAACCGAUUGAGGAUGUCAAUGAAUGGAAAGUGACGAAUUAUUAUUUCUACUCAAUCUUACCUUCUCACAUUAUAGAGCAAUCGCAAGUGUUAAGAAAACUCUUUUUUAUGCUACAAGGAAGGGACAAGAAGAUCAAAAUCGAUAUUGAGGAAAGCUGAAUGAAAGCUUGGGUAGGAUGACGACGUGGACUAACGAUGGCCUCCUUUUGUCAAGAGCGUAUGAGCUAUCUGGUAGCAUACACAAUAAUCACACAAUUCAUACUUAAACCACUAUUAACCUUAAUCAAUCAAAUGGCAUU